AUGGUUAACGCUUUUGUUUUGUUCUAUUUGUGCUUGUGUCGUAUGCUUGAUGUGGCUGAUGCAGUAAAGAAAAUAUCAGUGAUGGAGGGAGAUUCUGUCACUCUAAACACUGAUGUUACAGAAGUACAAAAAUAUUUGUUGAUACAGUGGAUGUUUGGAAGCACAAGAAUAGCUGAAUUUAACAGACUCACCCAAACAAUCUCAAUCUAUGAAAGUGCUGAUGGAAAAUUCAGAGACAGACUGAAGCUGGGUCAGACUGGAUCUCUGACCAUCGCAAACACCAGAACCACAGACUCUGGACUUUAUCAACUCACAGCUGUCGGCGAAGAGACAAAAUACAAAAGAUUUAAUGUUACAGUCUAUGAAUAUCCACAGAAUACUUCAUCACCGGAAAGUUCAUCAAGCUCAAAUCGUGUGACGUCCAGCUUUGUGGUGAACAAUUCAACUGUCAAUCAAACUGAGGAUAAUAACAAUACCGAAUGCCAUCAGCCAAGUUCAGACAACAUCCACUGCUGUGGUUCUACUGAAGCUGUGAUCCGACUGGCUCUCUCUGCUCUGGUGAGCAUGGCUACAGUUGCUGUGCUGGUUUAUGACAUCAGAUUUACAAGAAUAGAACAGAAGAGAUUAAACAUGACCAUUUCAGAACAACAGUAUGAAUUGAGCAGAAGUUUGAGUUCCAUAUAUGUCCAAAUUUAAAGCAAAACACCUGUUGAUGCUCUGCAUCUUUUCUGUUCCUUUCACAGCUAUUUAUUAACAGACAAUGUUUGCAUUCAUCAAACGUAUUUUUUGACUCUGAACAUAAUUGCUCUAAACAAAAUACUAAUUAGCACAAAUGAUGGCAUAUUACAUAAGCUCUCAAUUUUUUUUGUAUUCUUGAAAUGAA